AUGGGCAUCGCGUGGUCGCGCUGGCUCGACGUGCUACACGGCGGCGAGUCGGAGGGCGUGCCGCCCGCCGUGCCGGCGAUGGUGCAGCGUGCGUACGACCAGUACGCGGACGACAACGGCGUCAUGACGAGCAAGGCGCUGCUUAAGUUCUUCCAGGAGUUCCAGCAGGACAAGGGCGUGCUGCACGGCCCGAUGGCGAACCUGCUGCUGUCGUUCCCCUCGUCCAGCGCCAAGCCCGCGGACGGCAUCCCCCAAGUCAACCGCAGCCGCUCGCACCGCGCGCAGACGCAGGGGCACCGGCACUCGCGCACGCUGACGCGGUACUCGCUGACGCUGGGCGGCAGCCGCAUCAAGGCGCAGGCGGAGCCCAACGCGGACCAGUUCCUGCACGUGCUGCUCGCCCCGCUGCUCACUCCCGCCCUCGCCAACCGGGUGAGUGCGGACAUGCGGUUACCACUAUCGCACUACUACAUAUACACGGGGCACAACUCGUACCUGAAGGGCAACCAGCUGACGAGCGACAGCUCUGUGAAGCCCAUCGUGAAGGCGCUGCGGCGUGGUGUGCGUGUCAUCGAGCUCGACCUCUGGCCCUCCAGCGACAAGUCCGAAAUCCUCGUCAUGCACGGCGGCACGCUGACGCGGCCGGUGGGGUUUGCGGAGUGCAUAAGGGCGAUAAAGGAGCAUGCAUUCGCGGUGUCGGACUACCCCGUCAUCAUCACCCUCGAGGACCACCUCCCUCCGCCUCUGCAGGCCAUCGCUGCUCAGGCGAUGUGUGAGGUGUUGGGCGACAUGCUGUACAUCCCCGAGGACGAAUCCCCCCAGGGCGACUUCCCCUCGCCCUACGCGCUGCGCCGCCGCAUCCUCGUCUCCACACAGCCGCCCAAGGGACCCAAGGAGCUCUCCACCGUCGUCGCCCCUGCCCCUGGAGGAUCCUUCCGGGACUCUGCGGGGGCUGAGGCAUGCUCGCCCCGUUGCAUGUCCCCACGUGGUCGUGAUGCUGAAGUGGCACGUGUCGACUCGCCUGCUGAUGUGGCACGCGCUUCCUCAUCUGGUGAUGUGGCAUGCGCUUCUUCAUCGGGUGAUGUGACAAGUGGCCGUGUUGUUAAUGGCGUGGUUCGCGCUCUACCUGCUGCUGACGUGGCAUGCAACUCCCAUGGUGCUGAGCUGGCACGGGGCCAGACGGACUGGCUAUCAUUCAGAGACCUGGCAGAGGGGUCAUCAUCUGCAACGCUGGCUUCAGGUGCUGCUGCUGCUGAUGUGGCACAUCCUCUACCACACUCACAUGCACCGGCCAGCAUCAGCCAGCUAUCGGGCAUAGAGGAGGUGGCGGAUGACCCAGGGGGAAGGGGAGGAGGUGCAGGAGCAGCGGGGGAGGGCAGUGGCGCGGAGGCAGGGGCAGCAGAAGGGGGGAGCGGGCGGGCGCGGGGGGGGCGGGAGUCCUUUUCCUUUCCGGUGGCGGCGGAGGGGGGCGAGGAUGGGGGGGUUGACCCCAGUGUGGCGCUGGGGGCGGCGCUGAGCAUGGGCAGCAGGCAGCGCAGCAGCAGAGGCAGUCCUGUGGGCGGGUCAGGAGGGUUUUCUCGGCGCAUCAGAGGGAGUCCGUCUCGAGGCAGUGCCAGUGGGCUGGGGUGGGGCAGCAUGGGGCACAGCAUGGGGCACAGCAGUGGGCAGUGGUCGGGGCGGUCGUUGCAGCUGCACCAGGUGGACGAGACGCACCUCCACCAGGUGGAGGUGCAGUGGACGCAGGAGGACGCGGCGGAGGAGGCAGCGGAAGACGCGCUGACAGGCAAGGUGCCGCAGUACCGCCGCCUCAUCUCCAUCCCGGGCGGCAAGCUCAAGGGCGGCAGCGUGGAGGAGGGGCUCACCGCGGGGCACGGCGAGGGCGUGCGCCGCAUCUCACUGUCCGAGACGCAGCUCGCCACCGCUGCGCGCUCCUCGCCCCACCUGCUGCUCAGGUUCACACAGCGCCAUCUGCUGCGCAUCUACCCGUUCGGCCUCCGAGUCACGUCAUCCAAUUACAACCCCAUGCAGGCGUGGCUGCACGGGGCGCAGAUGGUGGCGAUGAACAUGCAGGGGUACGGCCGCCCGCUGUGGCUCGUGCACGGCUUCUUCCGCGCCAACGGCGCCUGUGGCUACGUCAGAAAGCCCGCCUGCCUCAUGGGGGCCGUGGAGGGGCAGGCAGAGGGGCAGGAGAGGGAGAGAGGGGGCGGGGGGCAGGAGAGUGUGCCGUACAACCCCCAGGCAGUGCGCCCCGUGGAGCUCUUUCUCAGGGUGCAUGUGAUCCUGGGCACGGGGUGGUACACGCGCUUCUCCCACAACAACUUCGAUGCUGGCGGGCCCAGCCUGCUGUGCCGGGUGGCGGUGGAGGGGGCGCCGGCCGACGUGGGGGAGAGGCGGUUGGACAUCCGGGUGGGCGAGUGGAACCCCUGCUGGGACGACACACCUCUGCUCUUCCCCCUCACCCUCCCCCACCUCGCCCUGCUCUGCUUUGAGGUUAAAGUUCUGGGCCUUUCGUCAUCUUGCUACCCAUUUUUUGACUAUCUGUUUGAGAAGAAUAUGUACCAGGACGACUUUGGAGGGCAGGUGGUGCUGCCAGUGAUGGGUCUGAAGCCUGGCUUUCGCUGCGUGCCGCUGUACGACCGCAAGGGCAGGCCAAUGGUGGGGGAGCAAGGUGACGAGGCAGAGGGGCCACGGCUGCUGUGCCAGUUCGAGCUGCUGAAACCAGGGGAGGAGAAGGAACCGCAGAAUAGGGUUCCCAAGUCGUCCACUUGGACGGGAGGAGCCGCUAGCAGCAAGAUAGGCACACUGCUGGCAGCCAUGGCGUCCUCCCUCGCAUUCCACGUUACCACACCGCUGCUCGCGGAUUGCUCUAACAACCAUAGAGGGUUGAGUAGUAAUGUACCGCGUGCCUUGAAUCAGGCGAACCCGAAUGCACAUGGAAGGAAUGUCCAUGCAUUGUCCAACAGGCGUCGGGGUAGACAUCUCUCGUUUGCCUCGCUUCUGAGCGCUGGCAUCGCAGCUCCGCUGGAGAAGCGAGCACCGCCUCGAGGGGGGGCUCUGGCGGUGAAAGCCGCUGCCGCAGAUGGCGGUGCCGCGGAAGGCGCGGGUGCGGGAGCGGGCGAGGCAGCGGCCCCGCGGGUGGGCGCGGUGCUGUUCGACAUGGACGGCGUGUUGUGCGACAGCGAGGACCCUUCGCGCGAAGCCGCCGUCGCGCUCUUCGCGGAGAUGGGCGUGGCCGUGACGGCUCAAGACUUCGUCCCCUUCAUGGGAACUGGUGAAGCCAACUUCCUGGGCGGUGUGGCGCGGGUGUAUGGAGUGGAGGGGUUUGAUACAGACAAGGCCAAGAAGAGAUUCUUCGACAUCUACAUUGACCGGUUCGCGCGCCCCAACUCGGGCAUUGGCUUCCCCGGUGCGCUCAAGCUAGUGGAGCAGUGCCGCGCGGCAGGGCUGAGAACAGCUGUGGCGUCCAGUGCGGAUCGAGUGAAGGUGGACGCCAACCUCGCAGCUGCAGGCAUCCCGCAAGACAGGUUCGACGCCAUAGUAUCGGCGGACAAGUUUGAGCGCCUCAAGCCGGCGCCCGACAUCUUCUUUGCCGCUGCCAAGGAGCUGGGCGUGCCCACGGAUCAGUGUGUGGUGAUUGAAGAUGCUCUCGCUGGUGUGCAGGCAGCCACAGCUGCUGGCAUGAGGUCCAUAGCUGUCACCACCACCCUGUCAGCUCCCAGCCUUGCCGCUGGCCGCCCCGCUCUCAUUCGCCGAGACAUCGCUGACAUCAGCGUGGCUGACAUCACCUCUCUGCGCUACCCUGAAGAUGAAGAUGAAGACGACGGCUCAUCUGGCGCUGCUGCCACGGCUGCCACAGCUGAUGCAGCAUCACUGUCUGCGCCUGCUGCAUCAGGGGAGAGCAAGGGGCUGUGGGCGUCCAUAGAUGAGCCGCUUCCCCUGCCAGGCGGCAUGAGGGUGACGCGGCGGGACGCCAUACGGUACAGCAGCCUGGCCAUGGGGCUCGCCACCACCGCCUUCACUCUCGACAACCUCAAGGCCUUCUCCUACGCGUCCCCCAAGGCGCUGCUCAACAUGCUCACGGGCACGGCCGUGCCGCCCGCCAAUGCGGCGGGGCCACGUGGGCUCGUUAAGUACAUCCAGCAGCUGGACCGCAGUGGUGCGGCUGACGUGGUGCCGGACUUUGAGCCGCGCCUGCAGUGGCUCAACAGCGCUCCCCUCUCCUUCGACCGCGAGCUGCGCGGCAAGGUGGUGCUGCUGGACUUCUGGACGUACUGCUGCAUCAACUGCAUGCACGUCCUGCCAGACCUCGCCGCCCUCGAAAAGAAAUACGAGGGCCAACCAGUGGUGGUGGUGGGCGUGCACUCGGCCAAGUUUGACAACGAGAAGGACCUGCACGCCAUCCGCAAUGCCGUGCUCCGAUAUGAUGUCGCCCACCCGGUGGUGAACGACGGGGACAUGCUCAUGUGGAGGGCGCUGGGAGUGUCAUCAUGGCCCACACUGGCCCUCGUGGCGCCCACAGGGCGCCUCAUCGCCAUGGUACCGGGGGAGGGCAACCGCCAGCUGUUUGACGACCUCAUAGCCGCCUCCCUCGAGUACUAUGGUGCCAAGGGCGCGCUCAGCGAUGCGCCCAUCCCGCUGGCGCUGGAGCGCAGCCGGGACCAGCGCGUGGUGGCGUCGGCGCUGCGCUUCCCCGGCAAGCUGGCGUCGGACCUGGCCAACGGGCGCCUCUUCAUCUCCGACUCCAACAAUCAUCGCAUCGUGGUGACGGACCUGCAAGGGAGCUUCCUGGCGCAGAUAGGAGGGGCGGGCGACGGGCUGGUGGACGGGUCGUUUGAAAUGGCUCAGUUCAACAGGCCUCAGGGUGUGGCGUAUGAUCCUUCUCGGAACCUUCUGUUUGUGGCGGACACAGAGAAUCAUGCCCUGCGGCAAGUGGACCUGGUGGGCGAGACAGUGACCACGGUGGCAGGGGAUGGGCGCAAGGGGCAGGACUACAAGGGCGGGGCCAGGGGUAGAGAACAGGCUUUGAACUCGCCGUGGGACGUGGAGCUGACGGCGGACAGGGCAGCAGUGAUGGUGGCCAUGGCGGGGCAGCAUCAGAUCUGGCGGUUCGAUCUUGACACGGGGCGAUGUGUGGUGUUCAGCGGGUCGGGUUACGAGAGGAACCAGAACGGCCGAAUGGGCUCUGACACGGCGUAUGCCCAGCCGUCGGGGCUGUCCCUGGCCCCAGGCGGCAGGGAGAUGUACGUGGCGGACAGUGAGAGCAGUGCGCUGAGGGCGCUCAACCUGCACACGGGGGGCUCCACACUCAUCGCCGGGGGCGACGCCAACUUCGCUGAAAACCUCUUCAAGUUUGGUGACCGUGAUGGCUCUGCCUCCAGAGCUCUCCUGCAGCAUCCACUUGGCACGCUCUCAUUGGACGAUGGCACGGUGCUUGUUGCUGACUCAUACAACCACAAGAUCAAGCUGGUGGAUCCGGCUCGUGGCUCCGUGGUCACACUGGCUGGCACGGGCUCAGCUGGUUUCAGAGACGGGCCGGGAUUACAGGCACAGCUCUCAGAGCCAGCAGGCCUGGCACAUGGUCCAGAUGGCACGGUACUCAUAGCCGACACCAACAACAGCCUCAUUCGCUGCCUGCACCUCCCAUCCGCCUCCUCCCCCACCGCCCUGCUCUCCACUCUCGACCUCUCCUCCGUCCCCCCUCCUCCCGCGGCCUCUUCCUCGACUCAGCGGCGGCGCCUGAGGAGGCGGCAGAAGGCGGACGAGCAGGUGGUGGAGGUGGCGCCAGUGGCAGCCGCCAGGGGCACGCUGCAGCUCGCUCUCUCCAUCCCGGCCGACUACCACUUCACUGCUGGCGCCACGAGCAAGUUCAGUGUGGAGCUGCCAGAAGCAGGGAGCGCAGUGACAGUCACACCGCAGGCCGGUGACCUCACUCUAUCCGGCUCGCUCGCCCUCGCCUCACUGGACUUCACUCAGGGAGAAGCGGCUGACAGCAGCAGCAGCUCGGUGGUGCAGGUCCACUGCAAGGUGUACUACUGCCAGCAGGACGACCUGUGUCUGUACAAGGCUGUCAACUUCAAGAUUCCAUUCACUCCCUCCGCAGCAGCGGAAGCACGGGACGUGCAGCUGUCAUUUGACAUCACCCCUGCCCCUGCAGGCAAGGCUCUGCUGCCAACAGCAUGA